AUGGAGGUUCCCAAGCAUCUCACGAAAGAGCAUAAAAAAAUACUGUCAGACGUCAAGUCAUUUGGAGAACUGGUGAAAACGUUUUCUGAGAAACUUGGUGGUUCACCAAAAGAACAGCGAUCAUCCCCACUAAUUCUGUUUAUCAAGAACUAUCUCCGUUACUAUUCGACUGCAUUGAUUGAUCAAGUCAUUGAUCUGGAAUUUAGAAACUCUUUCUCAUUGUUUGAGAAAAACUCAAAAAAUCUGAUGUCUGCAUUUGAGAAACUGAACGCGUCCUACACUUCGAUUUUCCAAGAAGAACAAAGUGAGUCCGAACUAUAG